AAACUAGAGAUCAAGCUAAAUUCUUUGAUUUGUGAAAUGGGUCAACAAAAAAAAUCAAAAUUGAGUUGGUUUACCUUCCGUUUUAAACAUUUUUUAGUAUCGAAGUUGUGGGUAUGAGCGAGGCGCGAGAACUUAGAAGAGAGGGUGGAAAGAAUUCAAUAUUAAGCGGGAGAGUUGGGCCUGCCGCUUUCGGCAUUCAUGGAGGUUGAAACUUUGCUAAAACUCGGGAAGUGACUUGCCGCAACGCUCUGUAAUCAUCAUUUAGUCCAAUUAUUCUUCGCGCCCACAUCAAAGCGUUAGCCUCUCUACUCACCUUUCGGGUUUCGGCUUCGACCUUCUUAGGGUUAGUCUCUUUGCUUUAACUUGAUGGUCAAUUUACAUAUAACUGCUUGGUUUUCAGGUGGGGGUCAUUCCACUCUGUCGCUGGUGGGAAAAAGAAGCUACCUCUAAUUCAAACCUCCUCGUCAUUGUUGGUGCUUGGCGCUCUGUGCUUCCGGCAUUCAUGGAGGGCUUGCAGAAUGCUCUAAACGACCGUGGGUUAACGGUUACUAUUCUGCCGGAGAAGGGCCGGAGCCUCUUCACCACCAGGAAUUUUCAUCCGGGAGAAGAAAUAAUUAGCCAAGAACCUUAUGUUUGCGUCCCCAACAACUCGACGGUUGAGUCCAGAUGUGACCGAUGUUUCGCAUCAAUAAACCUCAAGAAAUGCUCAGCUUGCAAAGUUUCAUGGUAUUGCAGCAGUACGUGCCAGAAGUCGGAGUGGAAGUUGCAUCGUCUUGAAUGUGAUGCUCUUGCAAGGCUCGACAAGGAUAGGCAUAAAUCUGUUACUCCAUCUAUAAGGUUGAUUAUCAAACUCUUUAUCCGAAGAAAACUGCAAAGUGAAAAGGUCAUACCUACGACCGCAACAGACAAUUAUAAAUUGGUGGAGGCACUAAUAGAUCACAUGUCUGGCAUAGAUGAAAAACAAUUGGUGUUGUACGCUCAGAUGGGAACUCUUGUGAAUUUGAUCCUGCAGUGGCCAGAAAUGAACGUAAAAGAAAUAGCACGACACUUCUCCAAGCUUGCAUGUAAUGCACAUACCAUAUGUGACAGUGAACUUAGACCCUUGGGGACUGGACUAUAUCCUGUAAUCUCCAUUAUAAACCAUAGCUGCUUGCCCAAUGCUGUUUUGGUAUUCGAGGGAAGAUCUGCUGUGGUCCGUGCAGUGCAACAUAUACCUGCAGGUGCUGAGGUGUCGAUCAGUUACAUCGAAACUGCUGGAAGCACUAUGACUCGGCAGAAAGCUCUUAAAGAAAACUACUUGUUCACUUGCACAUGCUCUCAAUGCGUUAAAGAUCAAGAAGAUGAAAUCAAAGAAAGUGCAAUUCUGGAAGGAUACAGGUGCAAAAAUGACCAAUGUGAUGGUUUCCUGCUUCGUAAUUCUGAUGACACUGGAUUUACAUGCCAACAAUGUGGACUUGUUCGAAAUAAGGAAGAGAUACAAAACAUUGCUAGUCAAAUAAAAUCGAUAUCAGAUGAAGCUUCUACUUCUAUGUUUCACCAAAAUUGUGGAGAAGCUUUAUUUAUGUAUGAAAAACUUGAGGAACUCCAAAAAAUAUUAUGCCAUCCUUAUUCCAUUAGUUUGAUGCAAACUCGAGAAAAGCUUCUCAAGAUUUCGAUGGAGCUAGAGAAUUGGACAAAAGCUCUACUAUACUGUAAACUGACAAUUUCGGUUUAUCAAAUUAGAGAGAUGACCAGGUUUAAUGUCUCUUCGUGGGCUUUGGUCACUCAACCUUUUUAUGAGUAUGAGCUAGGUAAACUGGCUCGAAUAUGUUGGAUGAAGGGUAAACAUGGAGAACUAUACUCUGGGAUCCAUCCAUUGCUUGGAUUGCAGUUCUAUACUUGUGGGAAAUUGGAAUGGCUACUUGGGUAUACAGAGGAUGCUGUAAAAUCGUAUACCAAGGCAUUCGAUAUACUGCGAAUUACUCAUGGAACUAAUUCAAGUUUCAUGAAGGACCUGCUGCUAAAGUUGGAGGAAGCUCGUGCUGAAGCUUCUUAUAAACACUCGUCUAUGGAGGACGAGUAGACCCGCCAUUACUUUUAAGGGGUGAGCACUUCUCGAAAUAGCUUCCAGUUUCGGGUUCGAGGUUUGCAGAGAAAGAUUUUGACUUGACAGAACUAACUUUUUUUAAACAACUUUUUUUAAACA